AUGAACACCAAACUUCCAAUGCAGACGAACACUGUGUCUCUAAUCCCCAAAAAGUACCGAGGAGACGAUGAUGACCCGCAUUUCAUUCCGAACUCACCCAUCAUCAGCCGGCAGGAACUCAGCGCACAAGAAGAGGGAGAGCUGAAGCGCAUUUGCGCUCUGGUAUUGGCAAAUGUGCCACAUUCGGACGACAUGUCGGAUGAUCCCCUCAAAUACAUCGCGACCCAGAUUCAAGAAGGAACGAAGAUAGCACAGCCAAGUAUCGGAAAACAAGAGCAGAAACCGGACCCGGUACAGAACAUCGAGACUACAGCCAGUGUGACACACCAAUUCCUCGACGCACAAGGUGACUCGACGACACCCUCAGAGGCCUCACAUCGCGAUACCAUCAGCGCAACCGACUAUUCCACGCCUCUGACGAGUGCGGGCAUGACGCCGGGUGAAACGGCUCGACGCUUCUCAGACGCCGCACGAAAAUCCAUUACGGGUGCCAAGAAACCCGGUAGUAACCUUCGCAAUGACUCAAAUAAUAUGACAAAUAGCCGGACAACUUCGACCGGUGUACGGUCGCUCGAAGCACACAAGCACUCAGGCGAAGCAGAAGCCAUCAAAAAGACUCUACGACUCAUCACCGAUGGAGAGUCAAGUUCGCAAAGAGGCAGUGCCAAAUCCAUGGAGCAGUCGCGCCCGCUCAGAUUUUCGGCUCCAGAUCUGAACAAAAGUUUACCUCCUCCUCCACCUGAGUCGUCCACUCUCGAAGACCAGAAACAGCCUCACAUUAGCAGGCUAAUGAAGAGUAUCCGCAAGAAGAAGAGCAUGACCGCUGAGGGGAAGAGUUUCUCGACGGGCUCAACACCUCCGGUACCUGCAAUGCCGUCGACCAACGCUCCCAAAACACCCUAUCCGUACGAGUCUUCAAAUCAAACGGCGGCCCAGGAGCCCCCCAAGAAGAAGUUCAGGAUCCCGAAUCUUUUCCACAGGAGACAACGACCGGCUGAUGUUCUGGUCACUUAA